AUGGCCCUUCGGGUCUUAACUCACCCCUCAGCUCUACCUUUCCUAACAACAUUAAUCGGCACAGGCGGCCUCACAGUCGGCAUCUUCAGCUUCAUCGACCCCAUCGCCGCAGCCCGCAUCUACGGCAUCCCUGUCCCUAACUCAAAGCCAACCAUAACCUCCAUCUUAGCCCCCAACCCCAGUACCUUCUUAUUACCCACAAACAGAUCUUCCUCCAAGGAACCAACAGCUCGCGAAUUAGCUCUGGUUCACGCCCUCGGCAUCCGAAAUCUCACAGCAGGAUUGACCGUUCUCACUCUGACUGGAUACUGGUGUCUCCUUGCAGCGCCAGAGUCUGUGGAUGACGCUGUCAGAGCAGCGGUACAGCAAGUGCUUGGUGUUGUAAUUUUGAUCGGUGCUCUAGUCCCUAUGGUUGAUUCUUGGGUGUGUUGGGACCGUUGUAGGGACGUCUAUUUAACGAGAAGAGCUUCUUAUGAAAGUGAGAAGAAGGAAGGUCAGAGCGAGGGGCAGAGUAAAAGGAGCAUGUGGAAUGGACACGAUGAGGAUGCAGAAACAUACACGACCAGUACGAAGGCUGCUGUCUUGCACGCUGCGAGGUCGUUAGUGUGGCUUGCUGGCGGCAUUUGGUGCCUCGUUGCUUAA